AUGGCAUUACGCGGUCUUAAAGUACUUGAAUUAUCUGGUUUAGCACCUGUUCCAUUUUGUGGUAUGCUUCUUGCUGAUUAUGGUGCUUCAGUAAUACGUAUUGAUAGAAAAGAUGAUCAACAUAAUACUCGAUUAGAUCGACUUGCACGAGGUAAACGAUCAAUUUCAAUUGAUCUUAAAAUGCCAGCAGCUAUUGAUAUUUUUCGUCGUUUAUCAUCACAAGCUGAUGUACUUAUUGAACCAUUUCGACCAGGUGUUAUGGAAAAACUUGGUUUAGGUCCAGAUGUAUUAUUAAAUGAUAAUAAACGUCUGAUUUAUACUCGUGUAUCAGGUUAUGGACAAAAUGGUUCGUUAGCAAUGAAAGCUGGACAUGAUAUUAAUUAUUUAUCAAUUAGUGGUCUAUUAUCUAUGUUUGGACGAUCUAAUAAAAAACCACAUGCACCACUUAAUUUAGCAGCUGAUUUUGCUGGUGGUGGUUUAUUAGCUGCUUAUGCAAUUAUGUCAGCAAUAUUUGAACGACAAACAACAAAUCUUGGACAAGUACUCGAUUUAUCUCUUGCAGAAGGAUCAGCAUAUGUUAGUUCAUGGAUGUGGACAUCACGUGAUUUACCUAUGGUAUGGUUUGGUAAUCAACGUGGUGAAAAUCUUCUUGAUGGAGGAGCUCAUUUUUAUGAUACAUAUGAAACAUCAGAUGGACUUUAUAUGGCUGUUGGUGCACUUGAACCACAAUUUUAUAAUCAAUUACUUAUUGGUCUUGGUCUGGAUCCAAAUAAUGAAGAUCAUCAUCAAAUGAAUAUAAAUACAAUGAAAAAAAAAUUUGAACAAAUAUUUAAAACAAAAACUCAACAAGAAUGGACAGAAAUAUUUAAUAAAUUAGAUGCUUGUUGUACACCAGUAUUAAAUUGGAAUUCAGCAUAUAAAUAUAAACAUAAUCAAGAAAGAGAAAAUUUUUCUUUAACUAAUGAAAAUAAAACUAAACUUGUACCAAUACCAGUACCUAAAUUUUCCUUAUCAAAAUUACCAUCAAUUAAUCGACCAGCACCAUUUUCAGGUGAACAUACAAUUGAAAUUUUACAUGAAAUUGGUUAUAGUAAAGAAAAUAUAGAACAAUUAAUUAAAAAUAAUAUUGUUCAAAAUACUGAACGAUCGAAAUCAAAAUUAUAA